UUUCCACCAAGAGUUCAUCUAAUUAUUAUCAUCGAAGGGAGCCCAAUCCUUUAAACUAACAAGCUCUCAUUGAGCUUCGUCUCAAAUGGCAACGAAGCAAAAGAUAGAGAUGAAGAUCCCGAUGGGUCACAGAAACGGUCAAAGAAAGGCCAUGGUGAUUGCUGCAGAAAAAGAUGGUAUCGACUCGAUUGCAGUAGAUGGAGAUAAGCUAGUGGUCACGGGAGUCGGAGUAGAUUUGGUCAAAUUAGUCAAAUCGUUACGGAAAAAAAUAGGGUGCACACAAAUAGUUGCGGUUUCGGAGGUGAAGAAAGAUAAAGAAGAGAAGCCACCGACGAUUCCAUUCUGUAUUCGUAUGUCGUAUUCGCAUCUGCCUGCGCGAUUGUAUGCUUAUGUCGAUGCGCCGGCGCCCAGAUAUCCUGCUCCAUCAUGGUGA